AACAUGGCGGCUCCCAGUGGCGAACUCACAAAAUCGAUGCAGGAAAAACUCGUGCAAUUCCAGGAUAUUUCAGGCUAUGAGGAUCUCGAUCGAUGUCGCGAAAUUUUGGCAGCUCAUAACUGGGAUUUGGAGAGCGCCGUUGCCACAGUAUUCGCUGAAGCAUCCCCCAGUGUCGUUCGGCAACAACGCUCUGAGCGGCUUGUUGCGACAGUGAACCAAGAUUAUCGAGCGGCGGACUACGUCUUCACGAAUUUCAGACCCCAAGGAUGGAUCGGCUUCGGGCUUCAUGUUUUCCGAUGGCCGUUGGCCUUCUUCUUCCGAACGUUCUACAAUGUGGCGCGCUUCGCUAUUUCUCUGAUGCGUCGCAAUACCAUGACUUCCAUCGCAAACCCAGAGGGUGAUGUCAGACUGUUCAUCAAGCAGUUCCGAGACACUUACGGCGCUGCUGCGCCCUUCCUCGAAACUAGUUACAACCAGGCCCUCUCGCGUGCCAAGACGGAUCUGCGGUUUUUGUUAGUGUAUCUGCACAAUCCCUCGCAUGAGGACACGGAUGACUUCUGUAGACGCGUGUUCUGCUCAGAAUCUGUAAUUUCAUGGAUCAACAACAAUAUGCUUCUGUGGGGCUGUAGUGUUCAGCUCCCGGAAGGACAUAAAGUGUCCCGUACGCUCCAAGAACGUACGUACCCCUUCAUGUGUGUCAUCGUUCUACGUGAGAAUACGAUGACCGUGGUAGCGCGAAUCUUGGGUCAGCUGGAAUCCUCGGACCAGCUCAUUUCCAUACUAGAAACCGUAAAAGGUGAUAACGAGGGAUCUCUGAGAGCCGCUCGACAGAAGAGAGAGGUGGACCUCGCCAACCAGACGAUUCGAGAGCAACAGAACGCGGCUUACGAAGAGUCGCUAAGAGCUGAUCAAGAGAAAGCUCGGAGGAGACGUGAAGCCGAGGAGCUGAAGCGGAAAGAAGAGGAGGAGGCUAUCCGCAGAGCAGAACUCGAAGCUUUAGAAAUCGAGCGCCGGCAACAAGAAAAGCUCAAGUUGGCCGCUCAAGUCCCUGAUGAACCCCCGCAAGGCCACGAGGGUGCGAUACAAUUGGCGCUCCGAUUACCGUCAGGGAAACGAAUCGAUAGGCGAUUCUUGAGCGAGCAGUCCAUGAAGUAUUUGUACUUCUACGUGCUUUGCCACACCGAUGCGCCGGACAACUUCGAAAUCCAUACGACUUAUCCUCGGAGAAAAAUACCAUGCGAGCCGGUGCCGCCGUCAGAUCCGCCGUCCUUCAAGGAGUUCGGCCUAGCGAGAAACGAGAGCCUUAUGGUUACAGAUUCGGAUGCUUAAGAUUCUGUCGACCGAUGUUUGAUCCUGUAAUUACGGCUCGAGAGAUAGGGCGCAGAGACAGACUACGAGACGAUUGUAAACAUGUGUUCGUCGCGAACAAGUAAAUAGAUGACGAGGAAGACGCUCGAGUACUCUCUGCUCGCGGAGAGGGAAGAAAAUCGACUCGAUCUGUAUCUCCAACUCGAAUGCGUUGCUACCAUUCAGCAAAGUUGUUUCCGUGCAAUCCGUACAUGGCUGAGACGAUCAUUGGGCAAAUGCUGCAGCAAGGCCGCUGAUCGAGUGAAUGUGUAAAACCAGACGGGAUCCGAAAGCAUUCAAUAUGAGGUUCAGAUUUGUUUGUUUCCCCUUGCCGACAGCUGUUGUUUCCCUUUUCGGCGAUCGAUCGGCUUAGCGUUAAAUUUUUAGGGCGAACUCCUAAAGAAGGAAAGUCUGGUUAUGUUAGUCGAGAGUUCCGUUUUGUUCCUAGUUUCUGUUUUCCUCGUCGGACUAUGCAGCUUGGAGUCAGGACUUCGAGACUGUUCCGAGAGAGUAAGAGAUAAAUAGAAAAAUAGGAGGUGAGAAUGGUAUCAGGCGGUUGGAGUUUGUGUACUACUGAAGUACUGGCUGAAUUCGAGAGAAGAUCAUUCGUAGUAGGUAAUUCUCGGGAACAAAUGAUGGGAAGUAUUUAAAGGAGAGUCGUCCUCGGUCUUUUCCCUCAAGGAAUCCAGGGGUUGAAUACGAUGUCUUGUUUGAUACUACAAAUGCUAUUCCAGAUACCUAUUACGAGAAUAAAGACACUUCUCGGAGGCAUCCGAGUUAAUGGCAA